CCCGUAUUUUCUUCGAAUUUUGAAUUAAAAUAAACAAAAUCUGUUAAAAAUAUAGUUUUGUAGUUAAAACAAUUUUAUUUUGAUGUGUUCUUUAGUGCAUUGUUUAUGUUAAAUCUUAAUUAAUAUCAGUAAAAUGCAUAGGAUAGUUCACUUAGAUUUAAAAGGUGCCCCUUGGAAGAUAUCAUAUUUGGAAAAGGUAAUACUCUCUGCUAAGCAAUGGGGCGCUACUGGAGUUCUCUUCGAGUGGGAGGACACAUUUCCAUAUUGUGACCCCUUGAUGAACAUUGGCAGUCUCAGCGGCUGUCCCAAGGGCAGCGGUGGGGACCGACUUUACUCCGUGAAGGAAGUAUGGCAUAUACUGGAAUUCACAAAGCUGAAUGGACUUGAGCCUAUCCAACUGGUCCAAACAAUUGGUCACAUGGAGUUUGUCCUGAAGCAUAGCAAGUAUAGAGACCUGCGCGAGGCUCCGCGUUCGCCCGCGGUGCUCUGCCCCUCGCGGCCGGGGGCGCGAAGCCUCGUGCUGACAAUGCUGGAUCAAGUGCUGCAUUUCCAGCCUGAUGCGAAGUACCUGCACAUCGGGGCUGAUGAGGUAUGGCACACAGGCGUCUGCCAAGACUGCCAGGUGCGCGCGGCCGCAAGCGAGCACAAGACCGCGUCACUGUUCCUAGACCACAUUCGGGACUUAGUGCUGUUCAUCAAACGGAAGAGGCCAAACUUGACUGUACUCAUGUGGGACGACAUGCUGAGGUCUGUGAGUGUUGACACUCUGCAACAAUACAGGGUGGGCGAGUUAGUGCAGCCGGUGCUAUGGCUCUACAAUACUAUAGAGUGCUUCCAAAUAGACCCCUUACUGUGGCAACGGUACAAACAAGUCUUCCCAAACAUGUGGACUGGGUCCGCAUAUAAAGGAGCUAACGGGAGUAAUCAGAUCAUAUCGCCAGUCAGCCGCUACAUCAGCAACCACGAAGCCUGGCUGAGAGAGUUCAAGAGGUACGGCGCAGAUAUCAGCUUCACUGGCAUCAUUCUCACUGGGUGGUCCAGAUAUGACCACUACGCGACGCUCUGUGAGCUGUUGCCUGUGUCUCUACCAAGUUUGGCGAGUUGUCUGCGACUUCUUGUGAAGGGAGAUACGGAUAAUAUUGUGAGCGUAGUCAGUGAAACACUGCCACAGAAUGAAUGGCCGGGGUUGGAGCUGGCUCGCGCCGUGCAUUCGUUCGUUGCACACAGAAAUCGAUGUCUCGAGUUCAUACAUGGAGAUUUAGUCGGAACUUGGCUCAACCCUUGGCAACUGGAGAGGAACUUUACUAACCCGGUACAAAUUGAAGGCAUCGCUCACAAUGCGCAGCAACUCAUAAAUGACAUGACGGGACUACAAGACGAGUUAUCGACACAUCUUCACGCCAUGACCGGAAAGAGGAGCGCAGAGGAGUGGCUGCAGACCUUACUGAUACCUGUGUCUCGACGUCUUACUGAAAUAAGGAAUGUUGCCGCCGUUAGGGCUGCAUCGGAGGCUGGAGUGAGGCCUAUAUUAGAUGAUGAUGAUGAUGGUUAGCCUAUUGUAACCACGGAAUAGAAAGAAGAGGUUGGGAAGUUCCCAACGCGAAUUUUCUAUGAGAACCGCUGUCGCCGGUUCAACCCUACUCUCUUUUACUACUACUCCUGCAAACAGAUAAAUAUGAUAGCUCUACUGCUUCUCAAAUUCCAUAGCCACUUUACCGGCAAUGUGUAUUUUAUGUGAUAGACUGCAAUUUUAUCAUUACUUUUCGUAAGAUACUGCAUACAAAAGUAUUUUUUUGAUAAACAGCUGAUCACACUAAGGGUGGUAUUGGCCCCGAUUCCUGCAGACACCUCCUAAUUUUACUUUAAGUUACCUGUAAUUUUCUUAUCCGCCGAAAAGGAAAGGGACGGAUGAUUGCUCUUAAUUUUAGGAAGAAUGAGUAAAUGAAUGAAUAACCCGGGCGAAUCAAAAGGUAUCUCGCUGGUAUGCAAACCGUUUGACGUGUGCUAUCAACGUAAUUCUGUCGGGUUAUUGGCCAAUGUAAAAUUUUUAGACGGUUGUUUUAGAUUUGAGCUUAAAAUUCACGUGUGUUCCAUACAUUUUAUGCUUGUCGAUUACCCGUCCCUUUCCUUUUCGGCGGAUAAGAAAAUGACAGAUAUAUCUUAAAAUAAAAUUAGAUGGUAUUUACAGGAAUUAGCACCACUAAUAAACUAAUCUCAGCUUCGAGACUGCCCUCAAGAUCAUGUCAAUGUGACAGUUCUCAUAUAAAAACAAAGACAUGAUCUUGAAAGCAGUCUCAGCUGAGAUUCGUUUAUUAAUACCACCCUAAAGUUUUUAGCUGUCCUGUGAUAAGGAGGGGGAUCUCCUUGCGUGAUAGUCGAUAUUCCAUUUUUUGCCCUGCAGUUUAUAAUGCACAAGACGACCUUUUAAUAUACUAUCGCGGAGCUCCGUGUGUCGUAAAGUUUGCGGAAGAAUGGAGUGCAAAGUUGAAGUAUGAAAUAUUUGCUCAUACUUGUAUGGCGCGCGUUUCUCGCUCACUUGGCCUUUUUUUCUAUUCCGUGAUUUUAACACAUAGAAACAAAGGAGUUAUGCCCUUAGCACUGAUUUACACGAGUCUGUUAUGCUAUAUGUCGCGCGCCAAAUGUACCUAAGUAGAAACGCGGCUAAAAAGUAAGUGCGCAAUAUCAAGAAACUUCAAAUAGCAAUAUUGCUUUGUAGACGAAUUGCUAUGAUGUGGCUUUUUAACCGCCCUGGUGAGAUGGCAAAUGGCAAUGCCAGGUGAUCCGAAACAGUUAAAAAUUUUGUUAGCUGCUCUUAGUGAUUUUACAAUAAAAUGUUAGAUGGCGUUCCAAAGUAUGACGCUCAUAGUUGUCAACGCCAUAUAGGCUAUUUAAAAAGAACUAAUAAGUAAUAGUAGUAUUUAAUUGUAUCAAACUUCGUUCUGUGCCAAAUUUUGGUCAAAAACCGUUGUCUUUUUAAAAUUUGACAUUCCACGGCAUUUUUCUUUUUUGGAUUUCGAACAUGUAACCGACUUUAGACGGUUUGGACUGUGUUUUGUUUUGUAUGAGUCAUAUGAAAAUGUAUGGGCCUAACUAGUCAUAGUGCUUGCUAAGUACCUUUAUACGAUGUAUGACAAACUCAGUAUUAAAUGUAUGUACUUACCUAACUAACCUACCUAACUUGAUGUAACUUGUACCUAAGAUGGUAAAAAAUAUCAAUAUACCUUAUAUUUAUUUAAUA